UAUAAAUAAAUAAAUGCGCCUAAAAUGGACCUCAAGCUUAUGAUUUUGCAAACAUGCACGGGGAAAAUGCUAUCCGAAUACCAAUUAAAUUUACUCCGUAAAAACAACAUAGGGUCCCUGAUCGACUUUUAUGAUGCGGAUGAAACGAAACUCCACGAGCUAUGGGCCAUUAAUAUACAAUCUGUUCGAGAAUUGAAGAAGGAAUUGUCUCUAUUGCCAAAAUGCUGCGCUAAUGCAGGCACUCCGGACUUGAAAUACGAGACGGGAAUCGAAAACUUGGACAAACUGUUGAACUCCGUGGAACAGCCCUUUGGACCAGGCAGGGUCUGGGAGCUCUGUGGUCAGCCAGGCGUGGGCAAGACUCAGCUGUUGUACACGUUGGCCAUAAAUUUCACCUGGAAGCAUAACCAGCCAGUAUUAUUCAUAGACACCAAGCGGGAAUUUUCCUGUAAGAGGAUACAGGACAUGCUCCGGGACAAGGAAACGGAUGCAGAAGCUUGCGAAAGGACUAUGAAAAGAAUUCAGGUGGUGCAGGCCGCUACUGUUGCUGAUAUAAAUGGUCUGCUAAAAUCCUUUGAUCAGCAUUUGACCGAAACGCGGACUUCCAUGCAAACGAAGUUGGUGCUUAUUGAUUCCCUUGCCGCGAGCUUCGCUUACCACCGCGGCAGAAGGAUGCUGGACGCCAGAAAUUCAGCACUGACAGACUUGGCUUGCAGAAUUCGGAAACUCGCUCUCAGGGGCGUGGCAUUUGUCAUCGGGAAUGUGUCAUUCUUUGGAAACGAUAAAGACGUCUGUGGUGAUGACGGCGAGAAAGAUGGCGACGAUGAGGAAAUUACGCGGCAGCAGUUGGAGCCCAUGCUGGGUGCCUAUUGGAGCUCGGUUGCCACGCUCAGGUUGUCGGUGGAGCUUCCAGAGACAGAGGACUUCACUCUUCAGGACGAUGGCCUACGUUAUAUGUACGUCAUCUCGAACACCUAUGGUCCAGAUGGUGAGCACUGCCUGCUGCGGAUCACGGAUGCAGGUGUGGUUUAACGCCGGGCAAAUGGAUUCUGCGGAUUGUGCUGUUUGUAGGACUUUAUAACCCGUUUGCCAGGCUCCAGAGCAUCACCCAGACCCGGACGCUUACGCCUGUUGGAAUUACCCGGUGCAGCCUCUAAGACCACAGGCACUGAUUGAUUCGGCAAUGUACUCUUCUCCGCCGCCUCAUCGACCGACAGGUCGGAAUCGUGGGCAUACUGGCAACUAGUGCCAAAGCGGCAGCGUCCUCUUCUAAAGUUCCAGCAAAUCUUCCGUCCGUUCUUCAAUUUUUGGUGCUCAUCGUUGUCAACCAUCUUCACGUGCCGCUCCAGCGAAGCGGUUUUGUGCAGCUCGGCCGCCAGGAAGGGAUUGCUGAACACAUCCCCCUUUCCAGCUCCUUGGGCAAGAGCUUGGCUCGCACUGGGCAAUUUGGGAGGAGAAGUCUUCUCUUUUUCGGUUGGUGGCGCACUGAAAAUAUACAAGGAUUGGAAUUCCAUGUUAUACUGCAGGUAGAAAGAAAGGACACCUUUUUGUAUCGCCGUCUUCGGAAAAUUGACUACUGUUGUCUUCAUCGGACUCGGAGGAGUCGCUAUAAUCUGCCACAAGCGACAUUAUUUUUGUUUUGUUUAUAUGCAGCUCUAGGCAAAACAAUGUGUUGUAAAAAAUAAUCUAACGCGUUUUACUUGGCCAUAUAAAAAUACCAAAAAUAUACCUCUUAACAUUUACCAACCACCUAAUAAAAACAACAGUAUUUACUCAUUCAAAUUA